AAGAAAGAGAGAGAGAGAGAGAAGGUGAAUCAAAGCAAUGGCGUCCGCUUCAUGUUUCCUUCACCACCAUGCACUCACCACUCCCACUGCCGCUAGAUCCUCAUCACAGCGCCAUGUGUCAAUAAUCAAACCUACCCAGCUGGUCUGUAGGGCCCAAAACCAGCCAAUCCAGGAUGAAGAAAACAAUGCCGCCGUCUCCCGCCGGUUGGCUCUCACAGUCCUCAUCGGUGCUGCAGCCGUCGGUACUAAGGUUUCGCCGGCCGAUGCCGCCUACGGAGAAGCCGCCAAUGUGUUUGGUAAACCGAAGACAAACACCGAUUUCUUGCCAUACAAUGGAAAUGGAUUUAAGAUUCUGAUUCCAGCGAAAUGGAACCCUAGCAAGGAGGUUGAAUACCCAGGUCAGGUUCUCAGAUACGAAGAUAACUUCGAUACCAUCAGCAAUCUUUCUGUCAUGGUCCAACCAACCGAUAAGAAGUCCAUCACAGACUUUGGUUCACCGGAGGAAUUUCUCUCUAAGGUGGACUAUUUGCUGGGUAAACAAGCUUACUUCGGCAAAACUGUUUCCGAGGGUGGCUUUGACCCUGAUGCUGUUGCCACCGCAAACAUACUGGAGAGUUCGAGUUCGGUGAUCAAUGGUAAACCAUAUUACUUCCUGACCGUUUUGACAAGGACGGCGGACGGAGAUGAAGGUGGCAAACACCAGGUAAUUACGGCUACAGUGUCGGAUGGGAAGCUCUACAUAUGCAAGGUGCAAGCCGGAGACAAGAGAUGGUUCAAGGGAGCAAGGAAAUUAGUUGAGAGUGCUGCAAGUUCUUUCAAUGUUGCUUAGAGAUAAAAUGCGAGUAUGUGUUGUAUUAUUUGUAAAUGA